UCUCUCUCUGAGGAGAAGAAGAAGGCGGCGAAGGCGGCGUCGGUCUCCCUCCCUUCGGCGGAGGAUGGAGGGCGAGGCUGAGGGGAAGGGAGGGAGGCAGUGAGGAAGGCAGGCAGGCAGGCAGGGCCCCUCGCCCGCCAUGGAGGCCGCUUCCUCUGCCUCCUCCGCGGCGGCGGCGGAGCGCGAGUGCGGGGCGCUGGGCGGCCUCUUCCAGGCCAUCCUCAACGACAUGAAGAGUUCCUAUCCGAUCUGGGAAGACUUCAACUCCAAGGCAACCAAGCUGCACUCUCAACUGCGGACGACUGUUCUGGCCGCAGUGGCCUUCCUCGAUGCUUUCCAGAAAGUGGCAGACAUGGCCACCAACACAAGAGGGGCCACAAGAGACAUUGGCUCAGCCCUGACCCGGAUGUGCAUGAGGCACCGGAGCAUUGAGACCAAGCUGAGGCAGUUUACCAACGCCUUAAUGGAGAGCCUGAUCAACCCCCUGCAGGACCGGAUCGAGGACUGGAAGAAAACGGCCAACCAGCUGGACAAAGACCACGCAAAAGAGUACAAGCGGUCCCGCCAUGAGAUCAAGAAGAAGUCCUCCGAUACACUGAAGCUUCAGAAGAAAGCCCGCAAAGGGAAGGGGGACCUGCAGCCCCAGCUGGACAACGCGCUGCAGGACGUCAACGACAUGUACCUGCUCCUGGAGGAGACGGAGAAGCAGGCCGUGCGCAAGGCCCUCAUCGAGGAGAGAGGGAGGUUCUGCACUUUCAUUGCUUACCUGCAGCCGGUGGUGAACGGAGAGAUCACCAUGCUGGGGGAGAUCACCCACCUGCAGGGCAUCAUUGACGACCUGGUGGUUCUGACGGCCGACCCACACAAGCUGCCCUUGGCCAGCGAACAGGUGAUCAAAGACCUGAAGGGCUCCGACUACAGCUGGUCCUACCAGACGCCCCCCUCCUCGCCCAGCAGCUCCGGAUCCCGCAAGUCCAGCAUGUGCAGCCUGGCACAGCCGGUCAACGCCAACACCCGCCUCUCCAGCGUCUCCUCCCAUGACUCUGGCUUCAUCUCCCAGGACGCCAUGUUCUCCAAGCCGCCCUCGCCCAUGCCCUCCGACAUCACCAGCCAGAAGUCCUCCAGCUCUGCGUCUUCCGAGGCCUCAGAGACCUGCCAGUCUGUUAGCGAGUGCAACUCCCCGACCUCGUGGAAACCCCUGAGCGCAGCCCACCCGGCCACCAGGACCGACGGAAGCUCCCGGAGAAGCCUGAGCCUGGACUGGUCCAAGGCCAGCUUCUACGAGACGCCGGGGGCCGGUGUGCUGCAGCAGCGCCGCAAGGACCGCGUGGAGCACCUUCGCGAGGCCGAGAUGGGCCCCUCCCAGCCGCUGGUCUACGCGGGUCUCGGUUUAGAGGAGGCGGGGCUGCACCGCCCGCGCAUGUCCCCGGCCUCCAUCGCCGCCAAGCAUGGAGAAGAGGUCUCUCCAGCAGCCAGCGACCUGGCCAUGGUCCUGACGCGCGGGCUGAGCCUGGAGCACCAGAAGAGCAGCCGGGAUUCCCUGCAGUACUCCAGCGGAUACAGCACCCAGACCACCACCCCUUCCUGCUCCGAGGACACCAUCCCCUCCCAAGGCUCUGACUUUGACUGCUACUCGGUGAAUGGUGACGUCGAAGGGGAGAGCCAGAGUGAGUUCGACCGCUCUUCCACCAUCCCACGCAACAGCAACAUCGCCCAGAACUACCGGCGCAUGAUCCAGACCAAGCGGCCCGCCUCCACUGCCGGCCUGCCCUCUGGUUCUGCUGCCUCUGCAGCUGGCGCUCCCCCCGGGGUGGCCACCAUCCGCCGCACGCCUUCCACCAAGCCCACCGUCCGGCGGACACUCUCCAACGCCGGCCCCAUCCCCAUCCGGCCACCCAUCGUCCCUGUCAAGACCCCCACGGUGCCGGACUCCUGCACGGGCUUCACGGGGCCCGUCCGGGUGGGAAGCGAGGAGUGCGUGUUCUACACUGACAUGGACGCCACCGCCGCCACCAUGGAGUUUGCCAAGGCCUCUCCCAAACGGCUGAGCCUGCCCAACACGGCCUGGGGCCACAGUGGUGGCGGUGGAGGGGGCCCUUCCGCCGCGGAGAUGGUGGUGUUUGCGGGGGGCGGGAGGCCCCUCUCGGCCGAAGAGGAGGAGCAGCAGUUGGCCGCCAACCGGCACAGCCUGGUGGAGAAGAUCGGGGAGCUGGUGGCCAGCGCCCACGCCCUGGGGGAGGGGCAGUUCCCCUUCCCCGCCACAGCAAUGACGCCCACGGCAGCGGCCUUCUCCCGCGCCCCAGGGCCCCAGGAAGAGACCCCCAGCCCCCCACCGGCCGCCUCUGCCGAGGACCCUCCCACCGAAGACAUGCUGGUGGCCAUCCGGCGUGGGGUGCGCCUCCGCAGGACCAUCACCAACGACCGGUCAGCCCCCCGCUUUUUGUGAUGAAGCCGCCGGGCCUCUCGCCUCCCCCUCGGCCGGAGAGGAGGAGCAGCAGCAUCGGUGCCAAGGCAGCAGGGCCACGAUGAGGAGCGGCAGGCGGAGGAGGACCGUUGAGCCGCCAAGGACCAAGUUGUGUUGUGUUGCAGGAGGCUAAGCCUCAACCCAUCUUGGCUAACAGCACUGACCUGGAUGCGGAUCUUGCUUCCUACAGCCUGUUUCCUCCUGCUGGGGCCCUUCCCUGUCUGCACCUUUCUGGCCUUCAGAAGCCGCCCCCUCCUUCCUCCCUGGUUCCGCCUCUCCUUCCCGUCUGUGUCUGUGUGUGUGCGGAAAAGGGGCCAGGGCCAGGAUGGGAUUUAGCAGAUGCCUCUGUGGCAUGCCAUGUGGGCUGCAAUGGCUCCAGGCAGCUCACAUUCCCCAUGGAAGAACUCUGAACAACGAACCAUCCAAGCAGUAUCUGGCCAGUUUCCCGCUGGACCCUCCCUGGCCAUUGUUCUCUGUCUCAUCAAUGCAUUUUCUGUCUCUCUUUUGUAUGAGCUGCUUCAGAGGAAGAUUGCAAGCAGCCAGUCCAGUGAAACAGCUGCUGGAGGUCAGGCCUUGUGGCUGGAGUGUGUGUGUGUGUGGGCAUGCAUAAUGCACCAUUUGUAGGCAGAACCACUGGCCCAUUGCAAAGAGUCUCACGGCGGCAACGGCGGAGCUCCCUGUUGCAUUUUGCAAGCAAGGGCCUCCUCCCUUUCACACUGGCAAUGGCUGUGUCUGAAGGGAGGGUGCACGUUUCUGUUGGCAGUUGUGCAGGAAGCCAAGGACAAAUUUCGGUGCCUCUCUUUCCAAGGCUGCCCUGGUAUCGGGCCUUGGUCUCCUUGCUCUGGCAGCAGUGGAGAAAUCCUGGGGCACCUCUGGAAUAUGCAGAGGGAGGGAGCAUUCAGAUGUGCCAUGUGGGUUGAUGAGGAUGGGUCUUCUGUGUGAGCCGAACAGAGGAAGCAGACUCAUAGGGUUGCACAACUGGAAGACAGGGCAGCUCAAGGGAGAGUAUUGGCUGAUCUUGUCCAAGGGCAGAGCAGGUGUGUUGCAAAUGGUGCCAGGAAGGUAGGUCCCCGCUGUGCUGCUGGUGGUCUGUGUGGAAACCAGGGUCCCUUUUCCAGAGUUUACCUUUCAUUCGGCUGGCACAGGUAGGCCCAAAGGGAUGCCAUCAAAAGCAUCCUUGCUUGGUACUCAUAGAAGUUACUGAUCAUGGAAAAUAGUUGGGGACAUAUUGACGGGGCUCCAGGGUGUUUGGAGUUGGCUCGUUGCAGAAUGAGGGGCGACUGGGUGACGGCAAAGGCGCCGUCUUCAUUCUUGCCUAGCCUUUGCUGAAGGGGUUUGCCAAGCCCCAGGCGAAUGAGGUUUGGGCCGAUGGCAGGAGCAACUUCGGUUCCCAGGGAAGCUGGAGUUAAGGGCAACAGAGGAGGAGAUGCAGAAGAGUUGCAAAAAAGGAGCUUUUCAGUGUUGUGUUGCCUGCAGGUAGGACGGCAAGAAACUGUUUUUGCACAUUUGGGGUUUCACGCGUUGGGACUUGAAUUUGCCAAAGUCAUUUGCACAAUGAAUACCGUUCUUGCACAGAAAACUGCAUUUUGCACAAAGGACUGUAACGUUUUCUGCACAAAAACUUUUUUUUGCGCAAAUGAGGGUUUUUUAAAUAGAAACAAAUCCAAAAAUGUGAAAACAACAAAUGUCUUGGUAGCCAACCUUUUUUUCUCAUGAGAAAAAAAAUCCUGACGGUUGGAGCUGUUUGACAGUGGGAUAGGUUGCUGCCUCGGAGUGCAGUGGAGCCUCCGCAGGCUGUGGUUCUGAAGCAGAGCCUGGAUGGCCAUCUCUCAAUGGUGCUUUGGCUGCGUCUUCCUGCAUUGGUAGAAGGGCCGGAUUGGGUGACCCUUGAGGUUUCUUCCAGCUUUAAGAUUCUGUGAUUCUAAAGUCAAGGAAACGUGUGCGAGUCUCCUUCCUUUCUGCCUGUGCUGCUGGGUGGCUGUCUGCUGGUCCCUGCAGGACACAAGUUGUGGCAGGAAUCAGUAUUUUGCUGUUUUGUUAGACUUCCGAAUUGGGAACAUUGUUGAUUUUGUUUGGGGAAAAGUGACACUGAAGGUACAAAAGAGUUUGAGUAGGUUGAGUUUCAGAAAAGUGAGGAAGUAACAAGGAAAAGCGGAGCCCAGGGAUUGGAUAGGGUCCUGGAUGAGCCGCAAGUCUUUCUGGAAGAGACGAGGUCUUCUCCUUGGGAGUUCAGUCCACUGUUGGCAAAAGGAAAGUGUUGAUGGGAGAAAAGAGAUAGGGAGGGAGGGGCCCUGAGAAGAAGUGAGGCGGUUGCGAGAGAAGGCAGGCCUUUCCUUGCCUGGUCCAGGAAGGAAGCCCAGUGAUGCCUUGCUGGGAAAAGGAGAGACAGCUCGCCAGCAUCCCUCGCCCUUUUGCUCCUUCCUGUGACAAUGGGCUCCCGGCCUCUCCUGCUUUAGGCCAAAGGCACCUUGGGAGGAAGCAAAGGGACAGGCACCCCUUGGCUUUAUGGCUCUUAAAACCAUGUUGGGGAAGCAGCCCUGUGGGAAAGGCUUCAACUUGCUCAGAUGCUGGACUGUGUUGUGGCAGAGCACUCCUUCGGCACAAGGCCGACUCUAAAUGCAGAGGCCCGUUCUUUGGGCCUCAAGGGGGUAAUCGGGGCUGGACGGAGAUCAUAGGAAAAGGGGCAGCAGGGCCACGGAGCAGUAGGACGGGCCAUCUGACCCCAAGUUACAAACCAGACAGGUUCUGUAGAUUUGUUCUUAAGUUGAAUUUGUAUAAGUUGGAACAGGACAUUUCUUUAUUGAAACUCCAGAAAUAUAGGAUGACAUAGGGAAAGUGUGAAGACCCCUGUGGAAUUUCCUUUGCUGUCUGUGCCCCGUUCAGGAAAUUCCACCUCACUUUCUGACUCAGUAAUCAUUGGAUUUUGGAAAAUGUGGCUUGUUGUGGAAACAAGGACUGUGGACAAAGCUCCAGUGGAGACCUGGAUAAUAAUUUUCCCCACGAUAAUAGUAGCUCUUUCUAGAGUGAAUUUCCCUUCUGAGGGGAAGCAUUCUCACUUCCUGUUCCUAACCCUGAGUCGUUAGCAAGUCCGAUGUCUGUAACUCCUUCUCCCCAGGAAGCGUGCCUGCCUGUGGCUUCCUCCCUCCCUCUUGGCCGCCCACCUAGAGGCACCGCAGAAGGGCCUGGCCCCGUUGUACAUAGCCCCACAUCCCGGUCACGUAUGUCUGUCCGUGUGUGCCUGUCUCUGUGUGUCGGGUGUCUCGCUCUCUUCUCCUGCGAUAAAGACUCGGCCCCAACGGCCUUCCUCCCUUCGGCCGUCAUCCCGGGAAUGACUGUGACCCCGUGUGACAAAUACUUGUGUCUGGCUUUUUAAUUUUCUGUUUUGUUUUGUUUUUUCUUUUGUACAGAGGGGAGAAAGAAAACCCUUUAAAAUUUGUCUUUUCGACUGAUGUAACAAUUCUGGUGCUGUUAACUUGUUCCUCUUCUUUGCUCUAAUUUAUUUUCUCUAGCCGUCCCAACUGUGUUCUGGCCCUUUUCCCCCAAGAGAACUUUCUUAAGAAAAAUAACUAUCCCUCCUCCUGCCUUCAUUUUAAAAUAGUCACUGCUACAAGUAACAAAUGCACUGUGAAGACUCCAGUAUUAAUAAAAGUCGUACUGUACUUAA